AUGUUCUUAAAUGGUUUUAUGUACAGGCAUAAUGGGAAAAAAAAUGGAAUCGCUUACUAUAAAUGUGCGAAAUCUACGGAGUUCUUUUGUGAUGGAACUGCUAGGAAAAACGUUGAUGGUACAUUUUCUGAAUUAAAACCACAUUCAAGAGCACACAUUGCAAAUAGAGACGAUGAAUCAAAUCUGAUUGUUUUAUUUAGAGAUGCAUUGAAGGAACGAUCUAAAAAUGAAAACAUCUCAUUGAAACUAAUUUAUGAUAAUGAAGCACAAAGACACAGAGUUGCUGCUGGUCUUUACCCCUGGUCAACUGCAGAAAGUAUAAUGCGCUCUGUUAGGAGAUCUUCCCUACCAGCUCUGCCUCAAUCGUUGCAUGAGUUAGCUGUCAAAUUCGAUAAUGGAGAUUUAUCAAGAUAUAUGUGUUGCAACAAUUCCAUAUUUAGUGGAUCAGUUAGAGAUUCUGAUGGUAAAUACAGUGUUAUAUUAGCAUGUAGACACUUAAUUAAUUUAGUUCUGUCACAUGGCAUAACCGAGGUCCACGCGGAUGCUACAUUUAAAGUAGUACCUGCUAAUAUGGGCAGUCAACUGCUGAGUAUUCAUUUUAUGAUGGAUAAUGUAUCGAUACCAAUAGCCUAUGCGCUAAUGGAAACUAAAUCAAGAAACUCGUAUCAAUGCGUGAUGGAUUAUAUGAAAAACAAUUUAUUUCCCAACUUAUCGCCGUCAUUGAUAAUGACUGAUUUUGAACCAGCACUUAGAGAUGCAUUAUCUUCUAGUGUAGGUGUUGAAGGGACACGUGUCUUAGGGUGUUGGUUCCAUCAUAAUCAGGCAGUAUGGAAAAAAAUGAAAUCAUUAAAUUAUUUAGAAACCGUUAAUUCAAAUGCAUAUGCUUUGAAGACCUUAAAAAUUCUAAUGUGUUUGCCAUUAUUACCCAGUGCAGAAAUUGAACAAGGUUUUCUACUGACUAAAGCAUAUGCUAUCCACCACAACGUUCCAUUAACUAACCUGUUUGAAUAUUACCAAAAUUACUGGAUACGACGUGUCGGAGUUAACAUCAUAUCCGUAAAUGGUGUCUCAAGAAGGACAAAUAACAACUUGGAGAGCUUUCAUAACUUUUUGAGACACAAGUUUUCUAUUGCACAUCCAAAUUUAUGGGUCUUUCUUGGUCAAAUAUGUGAGUUGAGCCAAAAGUACCACACGACGGUUACUCAAAUUUCCAAUGGUCUGCAACCAACAAGGAACCUUAAAACUAAGUACCUUCUAAACUCAAGGUUGAUAAAAAGGGCUGUUGAACAUCAUGAAGCAGGUCUAUUAAGUGUAUGGCAAUUUCUAGUGAAAUGUUCAUACUCAUGUGCUGGCUAUGAAAGAAGGCAAAGACAUUGGGCACUUGGUAUUGAACAUGAUCAUGAGUCAAAUGAUGAUGUUUUGCAAGACGACUUUGUUGAACCAGGUCCAGAAGUACCACAAAAUGCACCAGAAGUAGUACACAAUCCAAGGAAUUGUAUGGUUUGUUUAACUACUACUCCUGGUGAAAAUGUAGCUCAACAUAUAGUGUUGCCUUGUGGUCACGCCUGGGUGUGCGAAACAUGCGUUUCAGUGUUGGAUGGUCAACAUCGUAGAACGUGCCCAGUUUGUCGAGGAGAUGUACUUCGUUUUCAAAGAAUGUUUUUGUCUUAA